AUGACAGCCGGAAACACUGGAGUGGCCUCCAAGACGGCUGAAGCCUCUGGCAUGGUGGCCAUGACGGCUGGAGACUCUGGAGUGGCGGCCAUGUUGAGGUCUGGACUUUGUUCAGGGGCCAUUGUUGGCGGAUAUACCCCCUCGCCAAAUUCAAUCAAAUACAUUGUAUCGCUACAGAGCUCGAAGAGCCAGCACUUCUGUGGCGGAUCUCUGGUCCAUAAAUCCUGGGUGCUUACUGCCGCCCAUUGCAAUAUUGGGAUGGAUCAGAUGACGGUGGUGGCUGGAGACUAUACUUUAGGUGCUUAUGAGGGGACAGAGCAGUACUCCAAGCCUCUGUCACUUAUCCCGCACCCUCAGUACAACAGGAGCACCAAUAAUGCAGAUAUUAUGCUCAUCAAGCUUAGUGCGCCCAUAGAGCUGAACAGGUACAUGUCCUUCGCCCCGCUCCCGAAACAGAAUGCAGGGCUGCUGGCGGGCAGGAUGUGCCGGGUGUCUGGAUGGGGCUCCACCAGCCACAGCGGAGGUUUGACGCCCCUCACCCUGCGUACGGUCAAACUCCCCAUCGUCUCCACCUCCAAGUGCAACAGCAGUAACUCCUUCAGUGGAAACAUCACAGCAAACAUGAUCUGCGCUGGGUCCAGCACAGGAGGAAAAGAUGCGUGUAAGGGAGACUCCGGAGGGCCGCUGGUGUGUGAUGGACGUGUUUAUGGCCUGGUCCCUUGGGGAAAUGGCUGUGGAGAUUCUAGGUUUCCAGGGGUUUAUACAGCCGUGUCCAGGUUCCGCAGGUGGAUUGACCAGACAAUAUACAGCCCAUAUUCACGAUGCCUUAAGUCAGUCGGUCUUUUCAGCAGGAAAGACUAA